AUGGCAGCGGUGGAACAACACCAACAAACUCCUGCGUCACCAUUCACACCUCCCUUAUCGCCGCCGACACAUCUACCUUCGUCACCUCUUGCUGCACGUUCACCUUCCCCUUCCGUAUACGACGCUUUCCCACUCGUGUGUGAAGACCCACCAAUCAGAGCGCUCACCAGCUCACAGUAUUAUCUGAUAAACGAGGCAUAUUAUACCAAUCCAUUACCCAAUGACAUUUUGUUUCCCUGGUUGCAUGGUGUUGACGGGACCAACCACCAACAGAACAUGUUUUUCAAUGUGAAAAAUUGUAAAGUUCCCGAACAUCGUGGGUUGACUAUUGUUCAAGCAGAAGAGAAUAGUCUAAAGUCACAGUUGGUAGGAUCGGUCUAUCCAAGUGACAUUCUAAAUCAUCCACCGAAUGAAGAUGAAAAUGCGUUUAGAGGAUUCUUGAAUAUACAAGAAGAGGAUGCGAUCAAUUUGAGAAAUUUCAAGAUUCAAGUCGCUAAAUAUGCUACUCUUUCCGAUGUUGUGGUGUAUGGAGAGCAUGGACUAAAUGAUCAAGUUUUACAGAUUGCAAAACAAGUGGCAUGGGCUCAACAAGUGAUGAGAGAAGAAAGACCAAAUGGAAUAGAGUAUGAAACUUUUGUGAUCAUAGAGCCAUUUGCUGUGUUCGAAAAAGAUUUCUCAGAUCUUGUGGCAAUAGAUAGUCAAGGGGUCAUGUGUAAUAAAAUUAAUUUUUUGGAUCAAGAACGAGAGGAAAUGAGAUUAUUAACGGAAGCAACUGAAAUUUCUCGUAAUGUUUGGUUAGGUAAUGCGGCUGAUGUACCUGUGAUCAAUGAAAAUGAUCCAUCAGAUUCAGCAAUAUCUUUGAUUGACGACAACCCACAUCAAUUUUCUAUUUGUAUUGAAGCUCAUGAUGUGGCAGAAUUGCCGACUCGAGAAGUUUUAAUAAGUGUGGCCGAAGCACUAGAUAAGUUACCGUCUUCACCUCCUUCGUCACCGCAUUCUUCAGCAAAUGAAUUAGUUCACCUGGACUGUGUAUCGUCAGGCGUGAAUUAUAGUACACCAGCAGCUUUGGAUGUAAUAGCCACGAGAAUGAUUGAUCUUUGUGAAUUUAUUUCACAACAAGCAAACGGAUAUGACCGUAAAAUUCUCAUUUACUGUAUAGACGGCUACACAGAAACAUCAUUGUUAGCGUUGACAUUUCUCAUGUACAAUGAAGAUCUAAGACUUCCUGCUGCUUAUCUUAAACUUCAAGAAACACGGAGUUUUUUCGUGUAUCCAAAUGACGUAAAUACUUUACUAGUCAUAGAACAAAAAAUUCAAGAAAGAACAGAAGCUAACGUACAAGUAGACACAAAUACGUAUCCAUGGUUUCAUUCCCAUCAUUUUGAAGGAAGUUUUCCCAGUCGAAUUCUACCAUUUUUGUAUCUCGGUAAUUUAAAUCAUGCGUGUAACGCAGGAAUGCUAAAGGCUUUAGGGAUUACGCAUGUACUCUCAGUAGGGGAAGAUGCGAAAUUAAAUCAACGUGAUUUUAAGGUUUUAUUUCUGGAUAAUUUGUAUGAUGAUGGCAUUGACAGUCUCUGGAAACAUUUGGAUAAUUGUGUGAACUUUAUAGAAAAUGCCCGUGAAACAAAUGGUAAUGUCCUUAUUCACUGUCGCGUUGGAGUAUCGCGGUCAGCCACAAUAACAAUCGCAUAUAUUAUGAGACAACUGGGCAGGCCCCUCGUUUCUUCGUAUCUGUUUGUGCGAGCAAGACGCCUCAACGUCAUAAUCCAGCCAAACCUUAAAUUCAUGUACGAGUUGCUACAAUACGAACAGAAAUUGACUGGCCGAAUGGGGAUCAGUUGGACAAAUCUAGCAAAAGAAAUUCAUUCAUUGAACAUGUGUUAUGUCGGCUCUUGA